CCCGUACCGCCUAAGAGACGCCGUCGUCGGCUGCCCGCUGCUCAGAAAGGACAUCUAAUUUCUCGAGGCCGGCCUCCCCACCAGCCUGAGCCCGUUCUUCUGUUGUUGUUGACACGCCCACUGCGCGCGCCCAGCAGCGUCGUCUUUCAUUUUUCGCCCUUCGCCUGCCUUGUGUGCGUCCGUGGCUAUUAUUCGCGGCCUGCAUCCUCCUCCUGGGGCUGGCUAUCUGAAUCGCUGCACCCGCCUGCACCUCUCCUUGGCCCAUCGCGACGUCCUUCGCUUGGCCUGCUGAAUCCGUACUGUUUGCCGCCUCCACUGGACUCCUCUCCCUGCGCCGCUGCUGCAUAUUAUUCUGGGCUUCCCGCUUCUUUUGCCCGUCACCUUGGUCCUUCACCAAGGGCAGCAGGAGGAUCUCUCACGGUGGUCGUGGCUUACGGCGAAGGCCCCUUCACGCAACCCCACAAUCACCACCACGCUACGGAGGAGUAACAAGCUCCAGUCGUGAUCCCUCCUCUGGCAACGUCUCCGAUCUCUCCCGCUCUCUCGAACGAGUCCUCAUAUACUCCCCUCCGAAGCCCUACAUGCGUUUGUUGUUGACCAACACUAAACCAUGGACACUGAGGAUGGACAAGUCUUCAUAAAGGUACGACAGUUCAAG